AUGGUUGAUAACGAAUUAAAAAACCUCCGUUUAAAUGGGAACCAAAAACGUAGCAAUUAUAUAUCAUGGGAUGAAUAUUUCAUGUCUAUAGCACUAUUGUCCGCUAUGCGCAGUAAAGACCCUUCGACUCAAGUUGGCGCUUGCAUAGUUAACCAAGAAAAGAAAAUUGUUGGAAUAGGAUAUAAUGGAAUGCCCAACGGUAUUUUAGAUGAUGAUGUCCCUUGGGGAAAAGAAUCAACAAAUGAACUUGAAAAUAAGUAUCUUUAUGUUUGUCAUGCAGAGUUGAACGCCGUACUGAAUCGUAAUGAAGCUCAUUCUGGAGGUUGCACACUAUUCACAACAAUGUUCCCAUGUAAUGAAUGUGCUAAAGUUAUUAUACAGGCUGGAAUUAAAGAAGUAGUGUAUUAUUCGGAUAAGAAGAAUGGAACAGAAUCUAAUCAAGCAGCUAAAUAUUUAUUUAAUAAAGCUGGUGUCAGCAUAAGAAAAUUCACUCCAACGAAUCGAACUAUCAAUAUUAAUCUUAAUUAA